AUGCAACGGUACACUGAGACGGCCCGACGCGUGAAGGAUAUCAGUCACACCUUCAUCAUCAGCAAUCUACCGUCGUGCUUGAGGCCGGGGUAUUUUGCGGAACAGUUGUAUGCUGACCCUCCAUCAACUAUGGAAGAGCUGCAAUCCACAAUUGCUAAAUUCAUCCGCAUCGAGGAUAUCCGGAACUCUAGGAGGAAGCAGCAGCAGGAUGCCUCUAACCAUGAUACGAAGAAACUCGCCAAGCGAUCGACCAACGACUAUAAAUCAGAGCGAGCACCCCAGAAAGAGUCGGGGUGGACGUCUAAGUAUGAUCGUUACACGACCCUCAAUGCACCGAGAGCAAGAGUGCUCGAAGAGGCCUUGCACGCCGAACUCUUAACCGUGCGGCGAAAGGCUACUCCAAAAAACGCAGAUAAUAGCAAAACCUGCCGGUUCCACAUGAACCAUGGGCAUGACACGGAGGAAUGUAACAUGGUGAAGGAUGAACUGGAGCGACUCAUCCGUGCAGGCUACCUCCAGAAUUAUAUCAAGGAUAGAGUCUCAACUAGAGUCGUGACUCCUCGCCGAAAGGAUCCUUCUAGGCGGAGUCCCGAACGAUCGCCUACUAGAGACGAGCGACACCGCAGGCGAUCGCGCAGCCCGCCCCGACGGAUAGAGAGGGCGCGUUCAGUCCGAGGCCGAAUCGACACAAUAUCUGGUGGUUUCGCCGGGGGGGAGUGUCAUCUUCCGCCAGGAAACGACAUCUGA